AUGUUCAAAGUAAUGGCAGUUGCUACCACCAACGAAUUCGGCCCAGAUUCUGGUGGUCGAGUAAAGGGCGUAACAAUUGUUAAACCAUUGGUAUAUGGAAAUGUAGCGAGGUUUUUUGGUAAAAAACGUGAAGAAGAUGGUCAUACUCAUCAGUGGACUGUGUAUGUAAAACCAUACAACAAUGAGGAUAUGUCGGCGUACGUCAAAAAAGUACACUUUAAACUCCAUGAGAGUUAUAAUAAUCAAAAUAGAAUUGUUACAAAACCUCCGUAUGAGGUUACUGAAACUGGUUGGGGAGAAUUUGAAAUAGUUAUUAAAAUUUAUUUCAAUGAUCCUAAUGAAAGACCGGUCACUAUUUAUCACAUAUUAAAGCUAUUUCAAUCGCCACCAGAAGCACAGAAUGGUAAAAAAAAUUUAGUGUCUGAAUUUUAUGAAGAAAUAGUAUUUCAAGAUCCCACACAGCUGAUGCAACAUCUGCUCAGCACUACAAGGCUGAUGACCCAUGGACCAUGGAAACAUGAAACUGAUUUUGAAGCUAAAAAACAGAGUACAUUGAAAGCUAUUGCCGAGGCGCGCAAUAAAAUUCGUCAAGAGGUUAUUGAGUAUAAAGAAAAAUUGACACUGGCUAAAGAAACAAUAGCGCAAUUUAAAGAUGAGAUUGCCGCCGUAUCGAAAGCUCCUUUAUCAGGAGCUCACUAA